AUGAAUAACACGCUGAACCAACAUUAUGAGGAGAAGGUGCGUCCCUGUAUAGACCUUAUCGACUCCCUGCGCUCGCUUGGUGUGGAGAAGGACCUUGCGCUGCCUGCCAUCGCCGUGAUAGGGGACCAGAGUUCUGGAAAGAGCUCAGUGCUGGAGGCGCUGUCUGGGGUGGCUUUGCCAAGGGGGAGUGGUGAGUGAUAAUUCAUGAAACUGAAAUGACAAAUAUUUAUCAUCUAUCAAAGUCUCAGAGAGGUUGAAUAAGUGAGCCUAUAUUGAUUUGAUUAUCAUUUGAUCUCUAAUUUGUUAUGUUAAAGGGAAGUUCACACCGAUUCAUUCCAGGGUUUUUAUAAUUUUUUUACUAUUUUCUACAUUGUAGAAUAAUAGUGAAGACAUCAAAACGAUGAAAUAACACAUAUGGAAUCAUGUAGUAAACAAAAAAGUGUUAAACAAAUAUAUAUUUUAUAGUUGAGAUUCUUCAAAGUAGCCACCCUUUGCCUUGAUGACAGCUUUACACAAUCUUGGCAUUCUCUCAACCAGCUUCAUGAGGUAGUCUCCUGGAAUACUUUUCAAUUAACAGGUGUGCCUUGUUAAAAGUUAAUUUGUGGAAUUUAUUUCCUUAAUGCGUUUGAGCCAAUCAGUUGUGUUGUGACAAGGUAGGGGUGGUAUACAGAAGAUAGCCCUAUUUGGUAGACGACCAAGUCCAUAUUAUGGCAAGGACAGCUCAAAUAAGCAAAGAGAAAUGACAGUCCAUCAUUACUUUAAGACAUGAAGGUCAGUCAAUCUGUUUUCUAACAUGCUUUAGACACAUUUUCAUAAUGCAUUGUGGUCAAUGAUUGAUGACUCAGCAAAAUGUGUCUACCAAUUUUCUCUAAAACAAGAUGUCAAAUGCAUUGGGGGAUCAACUACAAGUACAGAGAGAUGGAAUAUUGCACAAUUUCAUUUUAUCGUACUGGACAUUUUUGUAUAUGGGCUGUUUUUCUCUGGGUUUCAUUUAUUCUCUUUCACUCUAACUCCUCCUCUGUCAACUCUGACAGGUAUUGUAACACGAUGCCCUCUCGAGCUGAAGAUGAAGAGGAAGAGAGAAGGAGAGGAAUGGCAUGGAAAAAUCAGCUACCAAGACCAUGAGGAGGAGAUUGAGGACCCCUCUGAUGUGGAGAAGAAAAUUCGAAAAGGUGGGUGCGGUCACUCUCAUUGACCCACUCUCAUUACCUCAAGUGUCUAAACUGAGUCACUAUUCUUCACUAACAUACUAUUUUUAUCUAUACCUAAAAUCAUUCAAAAUAUAUCAUUAACUGUUGGUACAGUUAAUUAUUUCUAAGGCACCUGUAUUCUUGUUCCCCCCUCCAGCCCAGGAUGAAAUGGCAGGCGUGGGGGUGGGUAUCAGUGAUGACCUCAUCAGCCUGGAGAUUGGCUCCCCUGAUGUCCCAGACCUCACACUCAUCGACCUGCCAGGCAUCGCCCGGGUAGCUGUCAAGGGUCAACCUGAGAACAUUGGUGAACAGGUACACCACUCCACCCCACCCUCAAUGUUAGUGGGAAAACACUGUGCAUUUUUAACCCCAGUCUUAGAACAGAAACCAAGUCCCCCCACGACAUGUUAUGUAUAAUAAUAUUUGACAUUUUCAGAUUAAGAGACUGAUACGGAAGUUCAUCACAAAGCAAGAAACAAUUAGCUUGGUGGUUGUGCCAUGCAACGUUGACAUAGCAACCACAGAGGCUUUGAAGAUGGCACAAGAGGUGGACCCUGAAGGAGAAAGGACAUUAGGUAAUCCACCCUUUAAUAUUUACUCAACUAUUAUGAAGCAAGCUCUUGUGUAAUGGUGGUUAUAAACCAUGUUUGUCAAGGCCGGGCGUAGGUGUGGUGUGGAAUCAAUUGCAGGAUGCAGAUGCAUGUCCAAAAACACUUUAAUAAAGUCCACAGAAACAACGGCUAUAAACAGAGCCGGUUGAACAAGGGAAAAAUAAACACACUCAGCGUAAAAGUACAACAAACGCACAACGUGCGGACUCUCUAAUAACAUAGAGCACAAACUGACUGGCAACACCUGCUGACAUAGAACAACUACACACAACCACAAGACAGAAACAACGAGAACUUAAAGGACACAUAAUCAAGACGAAAUGAGCAACAGGUGUAACAAAUCAGACCAAACCAAACACACACAGACACAACGAACGAUGGCAGCUAGUACUCCGGGGACGACGACCGCCGAAGCCUGCCCGAACAAGGAGAAGGAGCAGCCUCGGCCGAAACUGUGACAGUACCCCCCCCUUGACGCGCGGCUCCAGCCGUGCGCCGACCCCGGCCUCGGGGACGACCAGGAGGACGCGGAGCAGGGCGCGUGGGAUGACCACGAUGGAACUCAGUCAGAAGAGACGGGUCUAAGAUAUCUCUCCUCGGCACCCAGCACCGCUCCUCCGGACCGUACCCCUCCCACUCCACGAGAUAUUGGAGACCCCCCAUCCGGCGUCUCGAAUCCAGGAUGGACCGAACUGUGUACGCCGGAGCCCCCUCGAUGUCUCUGCUAUCUCACACUCCUGGAGUGGACCAGCUACCACCGGCCUGAGGAGAGACACAUGGAACGAGGGGUUAAUAUUCUUAUACUCAAUAGGAAGUUGUAAUCUGUAACACACCUUGUUCAACCUCCUCAGGACUUUAAAAGGCCCCACAAACCGCCGACCCAGCUUCCGGCAGGGCAGGCGGAGGGGCAGGUUUCUGGUCAAGAGCCAGACUCGAUCUCCCGGUGCGUACACCGGUCCCUCACUGCGGUGGAGAUUGGCGCUCGCCUUGUGUCGACGGAUGGCCCGCUGCAGAUGUACGUGAGCAGCGUUCCACAUCUCCUCCGAGCGCCGCACCCACUCAUCCACCGCAGGGGCCUCGAUCUGGCUCUCAUGCCAAGGUGCCAGAACCGGCUGGUACCCUAACACACACUGGAAAGGGGUUAGUUUAGUGGAGGAGUGGCGGAGAGAGUUCUGUGCCAUCUCGGCCCAGGGAACAUAUCUCGCCCACGCCUCCGGCCGGCCCUGGCAAUACGACCUCAGAAACCUACCCACAUCCUGGUUUACUCAUUCAACCUGCCCAUUGCUCUCCGGGUGGUACCCCGAGGUAAGGCUCACCGAGACCCCCAAGCGCUCCAUGAACGCUCUCCAGACUCGAGAGAUAAACUGGGGGCCUCGAUCAGACACUAUAUCCUCGGGUACCCCGUAAUGCCGGAAGACGUGAGUGAAUAGUGCCUCAGCGGUCUGUAGGGCAAUGGGAAGACCCGGCAUGGGAAGGAGACGACAGGCCUUCGAGAACCGAUCCACAACGACCAGGAUGGUGGUAUUUCCCUGGGAGAGGGGAAGAUCAGUAACGAAAUCCACCGAGAGGUGAGACCAGGGUCGUUGUGGAACGGGCAGGGGUUGUAACUUACCCCUGGCCAAAUGUCUGGGUGCCUUACACUGGGCACAUACCGAACAGGAGGAAACAUAAACCCUCACAUCCUUGGCUAACGUUGGCCACCAGUACUUAGUGCUAAGGCAGUGCACCGUCCGGCCAAUCCCUGGAUGUCCAGAGGAGGGUGACGUGUGAGCCCAAUAUAUAAGUCGAUCCCGAACCUCGAACGGCACGUACGUCCGACCCACAGGACACUGUGGAGGGCUAGGAUCGGUACGCAACACCACCGGUGCCACCAGGCAAGAUGGCGGGAGUAUGGGCGUGGGCUCAACGGACCUCUCCUCCGUGUCAUACCGCCGGGACAGAGCAUCUGCCUUACCAUUCUGGGACCCAGGGAUGUACGUGAUCUUAAAAACGAACCGGGCCAGAAACAUAUUCCACCUAGCCUGGCGAGGGUUCAGUCUCCUAGCUGCCCGGAUGUACUCCAGGUUUCGGUGGUCUGUCAAAAUGAGGAAAGGGUGUUGAGCUCCCUCUAGCCAAUGCCUCCACACCUUUAGGGCCUGGACCACGGCUAGCAGCUCCCUGUCCCCCACGUCAUAAUUUCGCUCCGCCGGACUGAGCUUUUUAGAGUAAAAAGCACAGGGGCGGAGUUUCAGGGGCGUGCCAGAUCGUUGCGAGAGCACGGCCCCUAUACCGGCUUCAGACGCAUCUACCUCGACCUGGAAUGGGAGUGCGGGAUCCGGAUGCGUCAACACCGGCGCCGAGGUAAACAGGUCCUUCAGUCUCCCAAAAGCCCUAUCCGCCUCAGCAGACCACUGCAAGCGCACCGGACCUCCCUUUAGUAGAGACGUUAUGGGAGCUGCCACCUGUCCAAAACCCCGGCUAAACCUCCUGUAGUAAUUCGCAAAACCCAAGAACCGCUGCACCUCUUUAACAGUAGUUGGAGUUUGCCAAUUACGCACGGCCGACACACGGUCAACCUCCAUCUUAACCCCUGACGCAGAUAACUGAUAACCCAAAAAGGAGACAGAAUCCUGGAAAAACAGACAUUUCUCUGCCUUGACAUACAGAUCAUGCUCCAACAAUCUCCUCAAUACUCGGCGCACCAGGGCUACAUGCUCGGCUCGGGUAGAAGAAUACACUAGAAUGUCGUCAAUGUACACGACCACUCCCUGCCCCUGCAUAUCCCGGAAGAUCUCAUCAACGAAGGAUUGGAAGACUGAAGGAGAAUUCAUUAACCCGUAUGGCAUGACGAGAUACUCGUAAUGACCCAAGGUGGUACUAAAUGCUGUCUUCCAUUCGUCUCCCUCCCUAAUACGCACCAAGUUGUAUGCGCUCCUGAGAUCCAAUUUUGUGAAGAAACGCGCCCUGUGUAAAGACUCCGUCAUAGUCGCAAUCAGAGGGAGUGGAUAACUGUAUUUCACAGUAAUCUGAUUGAGACUGCGGUAAUCAAUACACGGGCGCAAACCUCCAUCCUUUUUCUUCACAAAAAAGAAACUCGAGGACGCAGGGGAAGUGGAGGGCCGUAUGUAUCCCUGUCUCAGAGACUCGGCUAUGUAAGUCUCCAUAGCUCUCUUCUCCUCUUGAGACAGAGGAUACACAUGGCUCCGCGGAAGCGCAGCUCCUACCUGGAGGUCUAUCGCACAAUCCCCCUGUCUAUGUGGUGGCAAUUGCGUCGCCUUCGCUUUACUAAACACAAUUGCUAAAUCAUCAUACUCGGGGGGAAUGUGCAAUGCCGGCAGUUGGUUUGGACUUUCCACCGAGGUCGCCCCUACGGAAACGCCCAGACAUCGCCCUACACACUGGACAGACCAGUCCUUGAGAGCCCUCUGUUGCCACGAAAUAGAGGGAUUAUGAGUAAUCAACCAGGGAAGCCCCAGCACCACCGGAUACGCAGGAGAGUCUAUAAGAUAUAGCUGAAUAGUCUCCUCAUGACCCUCCUGCGUCCCCAUCCUAAGUGGAGCUGUGACCUCCCUAAUCAACCCCGAUCCCAACGGACGGCUAUCUAAAGCAUGUACAGGGAAGGGACUACUGACUGGAAGGAGGGGAAUCCCUAACUCAGCACAAAAUCGCCGAUCUAUAAAAUUCCCAGCUGCGACUGAAUCUACUAGCGCCUUAUGCUGGGAAUGAGGUGCAACCUGUGGGAAGCAAACAGGUAUGGUUAGGUGAUCAACAGAGAGCUCUGGGUAAGUGGGGCGCCUACUCAGCUGGAGGGACUCCCCAGAGCGUGGCCUGCCGUCUCUCCCCCUAGGAGACCCCCCCCAGCACCUGGCCGCAGUGUGUCCUCCACGGCCACAGUAGGUACAGGGGUUGGUUCCCCUGGGGCUCCUUCUCCUCUCCUCUCUAGCGCAAGCACCCCCGAGCUCCAUAGGACUAGGCUCGGAGGUGCUGGAGGGUGGAAUGGACGACCCCCACUCAGGACGUCCGCGGGUGGCCAACAGGGUGUCGAGGCGAAUGGCCAUGUCAACUAACUGGUCAAACGUGAGGGUGGUGUCCCUGCAGGCCAACUCACGACGGACGUCCUCCCGUAGGCUGCAGCGGAAGUGGUCUAUGAGGGCCCGCUCAUUCCACCCUGCGUCUGCCGCUAGAGUCCGGAACUCCAGUGCAAAAUCCUGUGCGCUCCUCUUCCCCUGUCGGACGUAGAAUAGACGUUCUCCUGCCGCCUUCCCCUCAGGUGGAUGGUCGAAUACAGCCCUGAAGCGACGGGAGAACUCUGCAUAGGUGAUCGUCGCGGGGUCUAUUCUCCUCCAUUCGGCGUUGGCCCACUCCAACGCCUUGCCGGUGAGACAGGAGAUGAGGGUGGAAACGCUCUCGUGUCCCGAGGGCACCGGGUGUACGGUGUCGAGGUAGAGUUCUACUUGUAGGAGGAAACCUUGACACCCGGCAGCGGUACCAUCAUACGCCCUCGGGAGCGAGAGCCGAAUCCCACUGGGUUCCGGAGCGUGGACUAAGGGACUGACCGGUGCUGGUGGUACUGUGGAAGGAGGCGUGGGUGCCCAACUGGUCUCCAGACGAUGCAGGGUAUUCAUUACUCCUUGUAAUGCGAUGGUGAUCUGGGCUAUCCUGUCAUCCUGUCCGCGGACGCGCUCCUCCAAUGACUCGGUCGCUGCUGCUGCUCCUGCUGAUUCCAUGGAUGGUGUGUAGUUCUGUCAAGGCCAGGCGUAGGUGUGGUGUGGAAUCAAUUGCAGGAUGCAGAUGCAAGUCCAAAAACACUUUAAUAAAGUCCACAGAAACAACGGCUAUAAACCGAGCCGGUUGAACAAGGGAAAAAUAAACGCACUCAGUGUAAAAGUACAACAAACGCACAACGUGCCGACUCUCUAAUAACAUAGAGCACAAACUGACUGGCAACACCUGCUGACAUAGAACAACUACACACAACCACAAGACAGAAACAGGUGUAACAAAUCAGACCAAACCAAACACACACAGACACAACGAACGGUGGCAGCUAGUACUCCGGGGACGACGACCGCCGAAGCCUGCCCGAACAAGGAGAAGGAGCAGCCUCGGCCGAAACCGUGACAAUGUUGACUUGUGUUGACUUUAAUGAAUUAGACUUGAUGUGUGUUUCCCAUUGGACAGGCAUCCUGACCAAGCCUGACCUGGUAGACAAAGGCACAGAGGAGACGGUGGUGGACAUAGUUCAUAAUGAGGUUAUCCACCUGACUAAGGGCUACAUGAUAGUCAAGUGCAGAGGCCAGAAGGAGAUCAUGGAGCGAGUCUCACUGACCGAGGCCACAGAGAGGGAGAAGGCUUUCUUCACAGAGCACGCUAAUCUCAGGUCGGUCCUCUGGGUUGAAGUCUGCCUUAGAUUUUAAAAGCUGUCUUGGAAAGCAUGAAGCAAAUUUGAUCAAAUGCCUAUUUUUCAACACUCAUAAAAUGUGUUAGUUUUUAAUUGAAUUGUGUACCUGUGUGGUAACCAAACUAUUUGCCAUGUUGUGAAAAAAAUGUAUUUUUCAAACCUUUCUGCAGCACACUUUAUGAUGAGGGCUAUGCCACUAUCCCUAAACUGGCUGAAAAAUUAACUCUUGAACUGGUGCAUCAUAUCGAGGUAAAUUCCUCUUCCAUUACAUUUCACUGCAUAAAAUCUUAUACAUUUGUUACUGAGUGACUGUUGCCAUAAGCCAUGACUCUGCGUUGUGCCGUUUAGAAAUCCCUGCCUCGUCUAGAAGAGCAGAUUGAGGCAAAGCUGGCAGAGACGCAUGCCGAGCUGGAAAGAUAUGGUACUGGACCACCUGAGGACUGUGCAGACAGGAUGUACUUCCUGAUCGACGUGAGUCCCCCAGCCUGCAACCCACAGAUGAUUCAGUUACCCUCUCCUUCACGCCGCUCUGGCCAUGACCCAAACUCACAACAGCCAUGUUAGUCUUUGUUAGCAAAACUUGUCAAUUCAGGAAAACAUUUGAAAGUUGAUUAAAUCUUAUCCAUACAGUGAGGAAAAAAAGUAUUUGAUCCCCUGCUGAUUUUGUAAGUUUGCCCACUGAAAAAGAAAUGAUCCGUCUAUAAUUUUAAUGGUAGGUUUAUUUGAACAGUGAGAGACAGAAUAACAACAAAAUAAUCCAGAAAAACGCAUGUCAAAAAUGUUAUAAAUUGAUUUGCAUUUUAUUGAGGGAAAUAAGUAUUUGACCCCUCUGCAAAACAUUAGUACUUGGUGGCAAAACCCUUGUUGGCAAUCACAGAGGUCAGACGUUUCUUGUAGUUGGCCACCAGGUUUGCACACAUCUCAGGAGGGAUUUUGUCCCACUCCUCUUUGCAGAUCUUCUCCAAGUCAUUAAGGUUUCGAGCCUGACGUUUGGCAACUCGAACCUUCAGCUCCCUCCAAAGAUUUUCUAUGGGAUUAAGGUCUGGAGACUGGCUAGGCCACUCCAGGACCUUAAUGUGCUUCUUCUUGAGCCACUCCUUUGUUGCCUUGGCCGUGUGUUUUGGGUCAUUUUCAUGCUGGAAUACCCAUCCACUACCCAUUUUCAAUGCCCUGUCUGAGGGAAGGAGGUUCUCACCCAAGAUUUGACGGUACAUGGCCCCGUCCAUCGUCCCUUUGAUGCGGUGAAGUUGUCCUGUCCCCUUAGCAGAAAAAAAACCCCAAAGCAUAAUGUUUCCACCUCCAUGUUUGACGGUGGGGAUGGUGUUCUUGGGGUCAUAGGCAGCAUUUCUCCUCCUCCAAACACGGCGAGUUGAGUUGAUGCCAAAGAGCUCCAUUUUGGUCUAAUCUGACCACAUAACUUUCACCCAGUUCUCCUCUGAAUCAUUCAGAUGGUCAUUGGCAAACUUCAGACGGGCAUGUACAUUUUUUUACAUUUUACGUCAUUUAGCAGACGCUCUUAUCCAGAGCGACUUACAGUGAGUGCAUACAUCGGGAGUUGAGUGGCGCAGUGGUAUAUGUGGUUUCUUGAGCAGGGGGACCUUGCGGGCGCUGCAGGAUUUCAGUCCUUCACGGCGUGGUGUGUUACCAAUUGUUUUCUUGGUGACUAUGGUCCCAGCUGCCUUGAGAUCAUUGACAAGAUCCUCCCGUGUAGUUCUGGGCUGAUUCCUCACCGUUCUCAUGAUCAUUGCAACCCCACGAGGUGAGAUCUUGCAUGGAGCCCCAGGCCGAGGGAGAUUGACAGUUAUUUUGUGUUUCUUCCAUUUGCGAAUAAUCGCACCAACUGUUGUCACCUUCUCACCAAGCUGCUUGGCGAUUGUCUUGUAGCCCAUUCCAGCCUUGUGUAGGUCUACAAUCUUGUCCCUGACAUCCUUGGAGAGCUCUUUGGUCUUGGCCAUGGUGGAGAGUUUGGAAUCUGAUUGAUUGAUUACUUCUGUGGACAGGUGUCUUUUAUACAGGUAACAAGCUGAGAUUAGGAGCACUCCCUUUAAGAGUGUGCUCCUAAUCUCAGCUCGUUACCUGUAUAUAAGACACCUGGGAGCCAGAAAUCUUUCUGAUUGAGAGGUGGUCAAAUACUUAUUUCCCUCAUUAAAAUGCAAAUCAAUUUAUAACAUUUUUGACAUGCGUUUUUCUGGAUAUCUUUGUUGUUAUUCUGUCUCUCACUGUUCAAAUAAACCUACCAUUAAAAUGAUAGACUGAUCAUUUCUUUGUCAGUGGGCAAACGUACAAAAUCAGCAGGGGAACAAAUACUUUUUUCCCUCACUGUAGCUGUUUCUCUUUACACAUCUACCCUCCCAUGUAUCUAAUAACGUAUCUUUCUGUGUCUCAGAAAGUGACUGCGUUCACCCAUGAUGCCAUCAACCUGACUGCUGGGGAGGAGCUGAAAAGCGUAGUUCGUCUCAACGUCUUCUACACACUCAGAAAAGAGUUUAGGAAUUGGAAGUUACACCUGGAUCGCUCUGGAGAAAACUGUGAGUUCACCUUUAUCAUGCACCGAUGCAACCUUUAAAAAAAAGGCUAAUUUCAGUGAGUUGGAUAACAAAGAAUUGCUAUUUGAAUUGAGAUUGAUUUUAAUUUCACAUGGAAGGCUCACACACUUGCUUAUUUAGUGUAAUGUAGUGACAUCUUUUUUUAUAUUGCAGUUAACAAGAAGAUUGAGAAAGAAGUGGCUGAUUAUGAGAAGACGUACCGUGGAAGGGAGCUCCCAGGGUUCAUCAACUACAAGACCUUUGAGGUGAUGGUGAAGGACCAGAUCAAACAACUGGAGGAACCAGCAGUCAAGAAGCUGAAGGAGAUAUCAGGUACAAUCUAUAUUUGAGAAUGUUAUUUUUUACCUAUACUGAAACCCAUUAAGUGAUUUUAUUUAAUAUGGUGGCCCUAUUUGCCAAACUAUGAAGCCAAGAUGAUUUAUGUAUAUUUUCCAUCCAAGAAUGUAAUCUGUCGUUGAGUCAUAUGUGUCACAGUGAUGCUAUGGUAUUUCUUCCCUUCUCUAGAUGCCGUUAGGAAGGUGUUCUUACUGCUGGCUCAGAGCAGCUUCACUGGAUUUCCUAACCUCCUGAAAUCAGCUAAGGUAUACAGUAUAUCAUUUUUUUAAUGCCAUUUGGCAGACACUUUUAUCAAAAGCGACUUACAGUCAUGUGUGCAUACAUUUUUACGUAUGGGUGGUCCCGGGGAUCGAACCCACUACCCUAGCGUUACAACCGCCAUGCUCUACCAAUUGAGCUACAGAGGACCAUGCAAUAUUAAUGUCACCAUUUAUCCCUGAUAUUCCCACAGUUGGUCAUUGACCUGUAUGUGAAUGAGAUGGCUGACAUGCACAACUACAUUUAUCUCCUGUUGAAUGAUUGUUGUUUGUUUGAACUACAGACAAAGAUUGAGGCCAUUAAGCAGGUGAAUGAGUCUACAGCUGAGUCCAUGUUGAGGACUCAGUUCAAGAUGGAGCUGAUAGUGUACACACAGGACAGCACCUACAGCCACAGCCUGAGUGAGAGGAAGAGGGAGGAGGAAGAGGAAGAGGACGAUGACCUUCCCAUACCUGAGAUAAGGAGUACUAUCUUCAGCACAGACAACCAUGCCACCCUACAGGAGAUGAUGCUGCACCUCAAGUCCUAUUACUGGGUAAGUACUGUGUAAAUCACCAUCUUGGCCUAACACCCUAAACAAGAACCUACCUGUAUUUCCACUAGCUCUUCUGACUAGGGAUAAGAGGGCACUAACUCAGAGAUUGAAUAAAACUGCUGACUCUUUAAUUUAUUUAUUCACCAAUUCCCUGAAAGCUAGAUUAUAUAAUUGCAUGUAAAUGUGCUAUAACAUUAUACAAUUCAGUGUGUGUGAACCAACCAUUGUUAGGGGCCUAAACCUUGAAUGGGACAAAAGUGAUGGUAGAUCACUAUAUCCAUCUAUAUCUGUCAUUUUAAUAAUAGGUGUUUUGUCUUGUCUGUCUCUUUAUCUUUGCCAGAUUGCCAGUCAGCGUCUGGCUGAUCAGAUUCCCAUGGUGAUCCGUUACCUGGUGUUGCAGGAGUCUGCUUUCCAGCUGCAGAGAGAGAUGCAUCAGAUGCUGCAGGAGAAGAGCAACAUCGAGUACCUGCUGAAGGAGGACUUUGACAUCGGCAGCAAGAGGGCUGCACUGCAGAGUAAGCUCAAACGCCUGAUGAAGGCACGCAGCUACCUAGUGGAGUUCUAGUAUGGACAGCUGCUUGUUAACAUUUAGGAUGGCCUUGUCUAAUGUCAGAUAGCUUGGUUAAUGGAAGUAGGCCUACGUGUGCUUUGCAUUGAGGUUUGGGGUAGACUGUAAUCUAAGUUAUAAUAAAGUUACUAUGCAAUC